AUGAGCGUGAAGAUCAACAUCAAGUGGGGAAAAGAGAAAUUCAACGACGUGGAGGUGGACCCAUCCGAGACGGGUCUCACACUCAAGAGUCAGGUCUUCGCCCUGACUGGCGUGCCGCCGGAUCGCCAGAAGUGGAUGGGUGUCAAGGCUCUCAAGGCUGGCAAGCUUGAAGAUGACACUCCCUUGGCUUCGCUCAACUUCACCAACGGUCAAAACGUGAUGCUUGUCGGCACAGCUGGCGAACUGCCCAAGGAGCCUCCGAAACCCGUGGUCUUCGUUGAGGAUCUGCCUGAAGGCGAGAUCAACGAGCUGGUGGAGUUCAACCACCCGCCUGGCCUCGCCAACUUGGGCAACACCUGCUACCUCAACUCGACUCUGCAGUGCCUCAAGGCCAUCCCUGAGCUCGACGAGGCCGUGAAGACGUACGGCGGUGCCGUCGCCGAAGACACCGACCACAACGUCACAGUCAGCCUGCGGGACCUCUUCAAGACUCUCGAUCACACGAACCAGCCCGUGCCGCCCAUGCUCUUCGUCCAUCUCUUCCGCUCAGCUUUCCCUCAGUUCAACCAACGCACUGAAAGAGGCUAUGCCCAGCAGGACGCUGAAGAGUGCUGGAGCACGCUUGUUCGCGCACUCUCGCAAAAGCUGCCGGCCAUCAAGCUCGGCGGAGAGUCACCAGCCCGCACCAACGCCGUGAAUCAGCUGUUCUCCGGCGAGAUCGUGUCCACUUACACAUGCAAGGAGGCGCCCGAGGACAAGCUCGUGCAGAAGGACACCUUCACGAAGCUGAUGUGCCACAUCACUAGCCAAACCAACUUCCUUGUCAACGGCCUGAAGGAGAGCCUCAAGGAAGAGAUCGAGAAGAGGUCGGAGGUGCUGGGACGAAAUGCCGUGUUCCAGAAGGAGGCCGAAAUCACGCGCCUGCCCUACUAUCUCAACGUUCAGUUUGUUCGCUUCUUCUGGAAGAGCAACUCGGAUGGAGGCAACAAGGCCAAGAUCCUGAAGCCUGUGGAGUUCCCCAUGGUGCUGGACCUGUUCGAUCUCUGCGCCGAGGACCUGAAGGCGACCCUCAAGGAGCACCGAAACAUCCUCACCGAGAGGGAGGACCUUCGCCUGCAGAACCGGCACGGCAUCAAGGGCAAGGAAAAGGAGGGCGAGAAGAAGGCUGAAGAAGAUGAGGGCGCGAUGGACAUCGAGAAGUCGCUCCCUCCCCUCUGGGAGCAGAAGCCCCUGCAAAACGAGACUGGACUCUACGAGCUGUACGCCGUGCUCACCCACAAGGGCCGUGACGCCGACAGCGGGCACUACGUUGCGUGGACCAAGCAGUCUGAAGACAACUGGCUGCAGUACGAUGACGACGUUGUGAGGCACUACAAGGACAACGACAUCAAGCAGCUGGUGGGCAAGGGAGGAGCGGACUGGCACAUUGCCUACCUCUGCUUCUACAGGACGAAAAAGCCCGAGUAG